CCAACACAUCCAGAGUGAGUGCCGGGGCGAUCUUCUUCUCCGCUGGACUGCGAAAGCCACGACCUCUGCAGAUUCUUGAAUUGUUCAAUCCUCUCUCCGUCUCUCAUUGUUUCUUAAUCGACGCAAUGGUUUAUAUAACUUCCUGGGAUGAGUUCGUCGAGCGAUCCGUACAAUUGUUCCGUGCCGAUCCCGAAUCUACACGAUAUUUGAUGAAGUACAGACAUUGUGACGGUAAACUUGUUCUCAAGGUCACCGAUAAUAGAGAGUGUCUGAAGUUUAAGACAGACCAAGCACAAGAGGCGAAAAAGAUGGAAAAGUUCAAUAACAUAUUUUUCACUUUGAUGGCUCGAGGUCCUGAAGCGGAUAUAUCCGAAGUUACCGGCAAGGAGCAGACGGAUGCACAGCCAAUCAAGAAAGGAAGGGGAAGGAAACAAUAACUUUGUUGGCCAAUUAGUAUAGUCCUUUGACAAAUCUUGUUGACUCGUGGAUCACUUUGAAACAAAUUUUGCCAAUCAUCUUUGCAAUGUCUUUUAGCGAGUCCACGAGUGUUUUCAAAUUCUUCAAGUGGACUCGAAAAGCUAUUCAUUUGCAAUUUUUGGUCUUGGUUCACUUGAAAUCCUCAAGUAUUACUCUCUUUACUCGCAUGAAUUGGUUUAUAUUUGUGUUUUCUCAAAACUAAUGAAUCCUUGCAAGUUUGGUGC